AUGGAGGUAAAAGAAAAUGUAUGGGAACGGCUUGGAAAACCAAAGUAUGUACUAGCCCCUAUGGUUGAACAGAGUGAACUACCUUGGCGGAUGUUAUCACGUAAACACGGUGUUCAAUUAUGUUUUGCACCUAUGUUACACAGUCAGAAUUUUGUUCAAGAUCGUAAAUAUCGGAAAGAAUUUUUUACUACUUGCCCUGAAGACCGGCCAUUAGUUGUUCAGUUCUGUGGUAAUGAUCCAAAAAUAAUACUAGAAGCUGGAAAAUUAGUUGAAAAUAGUUGCGAUGUAAUAGAUCUUAACUUGGGUUGUCCACAAGCCAUUGCUAAGCGUGGAUUUUAUGGUUCUUUUCUCCAAGAUGAAUGGAAACUUAUAUUUGAAAUUGUUAAAACAUUGCGAGACAAUCUUACAGUACCAGUUUCGUGUAAAAUACGUAUUUUUGAAGAUUUAACAAAAACUAUUUCAUAUGCUAAAAUGUUAGAAGAAGCAGGUUGUCAAAUGCUAACUGUUCAUGGUAGGACUAGAGAUCAAAAAGGAAGAUUAACAGGAAUAGCUGAUUGGAAUCAAAUAAAAGCUGUUAAGGAAAAUGUAACAAUUCCUGUCUUAGCCAAUGGCAAUAUUCUUAUAUAUCAAGAUAUUGAAAGGUGUUUAAAGGAAACUUUGUGCGAAGGUGUUAUGUCUGCUGAAGGACAUCUUCAUAAUCCAUAUAUUUUUGACAACCAAUCACCUCCUGUUUGGGAACCAGCACUUGAGUACUUAGAUCUUAGCCAACAAUAUCCUUGUCCACUUUCAAAUACAAGAGGUCACUUAUUUAAACUUUGCUACCAUGUAUUCAGCCUCCCCGAAAAUGAAUCAAUUAGAGAAAUAUUAGCAAAAGGUCAAAACCGUAAUGAUUUUAGAAAUGCCAUCAUGCAAUUAAAAGAAAAGUAUUUACCAUAUCACAUGGGCCAAUUACCAUGGAACAACAAUCAAAAUGAUUAUAACUUAACUUUACCGCCUUGGUUGUGUCAACCGAUGAUUCGUGUUAUACAAAAAAGUAAUUUAGUUGAACUUGAAACUAAUGAAGAACUAAAUAAAUCAAAAACUGAUGAAAAAGAAGGCUUGAAAUGUGAGUAUAAACUUUGUAAAAAAUGUUGUCGAAGUAAAUGUUAUUUGGAAAUUGCUGAUUGUCUUGGUCAUCGGAUAUUAAUUAAGACAAAGAAAAAAUUAUCUCGUCACAAAGAAGGUAUUUAA